GUAAGUGACAGCCUUAGACCCUGCAGUGCCUCGAGCUGGACUAUGACCCCACAGCGCUCUUCAUCUCAAACGAUGGAAACAUAAACUCAGUCACAAUGAGAGCGUCUUCAGAUCAGGACGUGCACAGAGGACGACAGAGGUCUCACUCCUACUACAGCUCAGAGGAGAGUAAGAAGUGUGGGCUGCAGUCGCACGGCCAGGGAACAAACUCCAGACCCAGAUCAAGGUCGUUUUACAGCUAUGAAACCUCAGAGAAAUAUUCUAACACUGACGUCGGGAACUUCGAUCGGUCCAGUCCUUUGAGACAAAGAGCCAGUUCACUGCAGUUUGUGGUGAAUCACAGAAAGGACAAAAAAGAGGAGAAUGGAAGCGGCGCUCAGAGUCAAACGGCGAAGCACAGGCCCAAACAGAGCAAGUCCAACAAAGACAGCUCCAGCGCCAAAACGUGUAACUUCAAGACGGAGAGCAUGAUGACCAUCUCUGAGGCGGACAACUGGGAGAUCUGCUCCAGCUCCGGGAUGAAGUACGGACAGUUUGUGGACUGGGAAAAGAUCGACCCCGAAGCGGCGGAGAAAUAUCAGACCCUGGUCCAGAGCAAACACCUGCAGCUCAAGGCCAUGGGCCGCCAGGGAUUCUGGGCCACGCCCCACACGCUCAGGGCCAAAGCGUAUUACCACAUCAUCCACAGCAUCAACUCCAGUGUGAAAACGGCGCAUCCAGAGAGAGACGUCUACUACGAACUCACCAAGAAACUCUUUGGAGAACAGAAACUGAGCUCACACCCAGCGCCCGAGUACAUGGAGGCUGCAGAAAUACCCAGAUACUGCCUGAACAAAUCCGGGCUGAACUCUGUGAAGAAAAUCCUCCUUUGUCUGGGAAAGUACUUCCCGGACAUGAACUAUUGCCCGAUCCUCCCGGCGCUGGUGUCCCUCAUCCUCCACUUCAGUAUGGACGAGGCCGAGUGCUUCUACAGCGUGGCCCGCCUCAUCUGCUACACCGACCCCAACAAACGCUACAUCGACCAGACCUUCCUGACCUACAGGGCGUCCUGUAUGACCUUUGGAGAUCUCGCCAACAAGUGCUGCCGCGGCAUUCGGAAAUUAAUCGCUAGUUCGCACCAAAACCUCUUUGAGUUUUACUCUGACUGGAUCAUGUGGAUCUUCGCCGACCUCCCGUUCAUCUACGCCAUCAGAGUUUUAGAUGUUUACCUUCUGGAGGGAUACAAAGUCCUGUACAGAGUGGCGUUGACUCUCCUCGGUCUCUACAAAGCCUCCGUCUCGUCCCGAGUGGCGGACGUGGAGGACUUCAGGACCGACAUGAAGAGGUUCGUGCAGAAUGUGGCUCGACACUGCUCUGCGGAGACACUUCUAGAAAAAGCUUUCCAGAUCCCGAUGGCCACGCGGCGAGAGCUCAACCUCCUGUUCAACGCCAACAAGGACUCGCUCAUGCAGAAAGGAGUCACCUGCCAUCAGAAGAGGCAAUUUGUGGAGAGCGUGGACUUCACCAACUUCAGCUCCACGGUCGUCACGGGGACAGAGAUGAGAGUCGUCUGGGCCUGGAUCCCAGAGAGAUACGCCCUGUUCAGCCCCGUCAGGCUCUACAGCACGACAGAGCACAAGAGGAGUCUGGAAGAAUUCUAUUCACAUGUGGAAGGACACGAGCCUGCAGUCCUCCUCAUCAAAACAGUCGAUGAAGAGGUGUUUGGGGCGUUCAUCUCCACUGACGUCAUAGAGCGACGUAAACACGACACAAAGAGCCUCACGUAUUUUGGAACAGGAGAAUGUUUUGUCUUCACGCUGCGUCCCAGUAUGGAGCGCUACCAGCAGACCGUGGUCAACAUCAUGACCCGACUGGUGUCCGGGCAGCAGAACGGGCCGUGCGACUCUCUGCCCCUGUCCCUCAGCAGAAGUACCAGCUCCAUGAACGGCGCCGGUCUGACCUGCCCCGUGGGGACUCCCCAGGACCCCAGCUACCUCACCGUCCCCCUCACCGUCCCCUUCACGGCCCCGUCAGACCGGCGUCUGUUUACCAAAGAGCCAAAAAGAGCCAAAGGACCAGAGGCGUCCAGGUUCAUCGCAGGGACGGAGCUCCAGCUGAUCAUUGGAGGUGACGGGGGCCACGCCCUGUGUCUCCAGCAGAGUCUGACCGGGGGACGCUCUGAGGCGUGUGACACGUUCAAGAACACGCCGCUGUGUAAGGGACAGUUUAAGAUCCAGGCUCUGGAGGUGUGGGGCGUUCAGAACUGCAUCACAUGUUCACACACACACACAUUUUAAACUGUGUAAAUGCUCCUCUUUUGUCUGUUUUUUUUAUCUGUGUGUGUAAUAUUAGAUAUUUAUUUAAAAUAAAAUAUUGGCCUUGAC